GGCGUAACUGCUCUCUCUGUCUCUCUCUCUGUAGUCUGAGUUUAGCCAGAAGGUGUUUGCUGUAUUAGUGCUGGUUACACACUCUGCACUGAGCCACCGAGGGAACAGGAAGAGCAACUCAAGGCCAAGCUCACUUCUACUCACCUGAAAGCAGCUGCAAGGAACAACAUGGCGAACAGGGGUCCAGCUUACGGCCUGAGCCGCGAGGUUCAGAGUAAGAUUGAUAAGAAGUACGACCCGGAACUGGAGGAGAGGCUGGUGAAGUGGAUCGUCGCUCAGUGUGGCCCUGAAGUGGGGCAGCCUGAGCCAGACAAGACCGGCUUCCAACAGUGGCUCAAGGAUGGAUGUGUGCUGUGUGAGCUCAUCAACAGCCUGCAUGGAGCCAACAAGCCAAUCAAGAACAUAAAAACCUCCACCAUGGCUUUCAAACAGAUGGAGCAAAUCUCCAUGUUCCUCAAAGCUGCAGAAAGCUACGGAGUCACCAAAACUGACAUGUUCCAGACUGUAGACCUUUAUGAAAGCAAGGACCUGGCUGCUGUCCAGAGGACCCUGCUGGCUCUGGGUAGUUUGGCUGUCACAAAGAAUGAUGGGAACUACAAAGGAGAUCCCAACUGGUUCCCCAAGAAAUCACAGGAGAACAGGAGAGAUUUUUCAGAGGAUCAGCUGAAUGAAGGCAGGAACGUCAUCGGCCUGCAGAUGGGCACGAAUCGUGGAGCUUCUCAAGCCGGUAUGACGGGUUACGGCCGGCCAAGGCAGAUCAUUAACAACCCCUGAAGAGGGAAGGAAACAUCCCAUCAGCAGGAACGCAGAAGCUGGGACUCUGACUUUGGCCAUGACGAGAAAAGUGAGCUUAAGACGAAACUGGACCAGAUUAGGGACCAAAGAAUGCCUUCUCAUUUGAAACGCGUAUCACAUAGAGACCUGAUGAUUCCUAAAGCCUGGUACAUUGUUGAUUUAAAGCUGCAUCCUGUGAACGACGAUUUUUAAAAGCAUUGUUGGGUUUCUGUACAGAGAUUAUGAGCAGAUGCCAUCUCACCUCUUAAUGACUAUUCUUAAGUCUUCAAUUUGAUAAGCUGAAUAGAUUUCCCUGUAAAUUAAAAGAUCACUUGGUCCAUCUGAAAACAGUCAAUAAUUAACAAACCACUGUCCAUCACAGAACCCUCCUGCCAUUAAAGAAACCGCAAACAAUGUAAAACCAUUUUCCAUUCAAAACUUGACCCACUCUGCUGUAAUUUCUAAAAGUGAGGCUGCAAAAAGGAACAUGUUUUUUAGAGUAAAGACACAAAGGCUUCUGUUUAAAAAAAAAAAAAAAAAAAAAAAAGGUCCAACUCAAACAUGAAGGCAGCAUAAAGGUUUAUUGAAUGGUUUCUGCAUAGACUGUUGAGCCUGGAGAUGAUUGAAAAUGGCCUGCAUUUUGGUUCACUAGGGAUAAUAAAAGAAAAAUACCUCCUGCAGGUCAGAUAUUGACUGCUCAUAACCUCUGCACAGAAAAAAAUGUAUGUUUGAACAUGAACUGAUUUGUCCUCUUUAAAUGUCAUUAUUGUAACUAUUACUGAAAUAAAACUUCACCGGGUGGUGCAUUCAAGGACACGCCGAUGUCUGAGUGAUAAGUUUGUAACAAUUUAAA